CACAUGUACUUGCGUGUUUGCACAAAUUCCACUAAGCUUUGACAGUUGCGUGUAGGAAUCCUCUCAAUGUUCAUAAUCCAUGUGAACUUUGAUUGCACUGAGUCUAAUGUGCUCGUCAUUGCUUGUCUUGGAGCUUGUUGUGCUCUAAAAAUCAAGGAAUAACUGCACGCUGGGAAUGCUAUAUUGUAAUCCACUAAUCACAAUGAUUCCACCCUUCUAUUUUGACCGUAACCUAUAUUUUCUGAUCCUUAGAGAUGACAGUAGAGUUUUACUGCAGCCGGCUUGCCAAAUGGACAUUGAUGCAUCAAUAUUACCAUCCAGCCACAUGAGUAGUUGUGGACAGAAUAUGCAAGAAGAAUAUGCUCUAUGUGAGCAUCUAGCAAAACCAUCUACAGCCAACAGAAGAAUGGGAAUUAAUGAAGAAAUGGUUCAUCCACUUCCAUCUUUGUCUCACACUGAUGAAGUAGUGAUCCCUAAGUCCUUAAAGAAUGAUACAAAUCUGAUUCAAUCAGAUGUUGUUGAACAAAUGGAACUGACUCCAAAUGUUCCAUGUUUGAUGAAGACUGUGAUAGCGUACCAACAAGCCUUUCUCUUGGGGACUUAUCCCAAUACAACAGAGAUCCCCGGCAUGCCGUCAAAGCUUGGCUUUACGGACAAAGUGUGGCCAAUCAAAAAGUGGCAACGCUGGGCAAAAAUAUCUAAAAAGCAGGAUCAGGAAGUUUUCCAGCCAUAUGCAUACAAAGACAUUAAAAAGAAUAAGGAAAUGGUUUUACUGGUGCCAACUUGUCCUGCAGAGGCCAGACAUCCUGGAUUCCCAUAUGUAAAACAACAUGAAAGUAUUGUGGCUCUUUAUCCCUGUUGCCCAAGAGUUUCCUCUAUUGCUGGUACACCAUCUUUUUGUCAGGCCAAUGAUAGAUGUUGGUUAUCUCAGCCUAAGACACUUUUGGAGAAGACCACCAGGACUGUGAUGUUGAAAGAUUUUCCUAUCAAAGAUGUAAUUGAAUCCAUGGUAUUAUUAACCCAAGCUUGUCCAAAACAGGCUUGUAUUUUUGGGAUUCCAUCUGCUCUGACACCUACUAUAAUGUUUAGUGGCUUGAGUGAGGUCAACAUUCUUCCAUCCUGUGCAUCUACUUCCAGCGUGGCUGGUUGGCCGUCUUUGCUUACAGCCGACAGCAAAGACUGGGAUCCAAUAGGAAUAAGUCAUUCUUUAUGGAAGAGAGCACAUUUUUUGGAGUCUGGCUUAUUACAAGAGAAAAGCAACUUGCUCAAAUAUCUGAAAGGAGACAUUUCUCUUCUCCAGUGUUGCCCAAGAAAAUCCUGCAUCCCCGGUUUUCCUUCCGCGCAACAAGACACACUAACUGACUCCAACAUGGUUAGUCUUGCAAGAUCAUGCCCCAAAACAUCAGAAAUAGCAGGAUUUCCUUCAUUGGAUCAUCCAGAAGAAUGCAUAGUUAGCCGAGAGCAACUCUUUAAAGCAAGAAUGUGUGAAAAGCAGGUGCUGUUGAUGAGAAGCUUUCCCAUGGACAAGAUAAAUAUGAAAACAAUGUAUUUCCUUGUGCCAUCCUGUCCAAAAAAGGCAAAGACACCAGGAUUUCCCUCUCAUCCAAACCCACCAAAAGCAUAUUGUGCUCCCAAUAUGAUCAGCCUUUACACGCUGAGCUGUCAUGUUUCAAACAUAGCUGGAUUUGCAUCAGUGUAUGGAAGUGACAAUAACAGGUGGUUGAUUGAAAAGGUGGCACUGCCAAAGAGGGCACCCAGGAUGGCCCUAAUACGUGACAUAACAAAUGACUACAAGAAGCAAAUGAAAAGUAUGGUUUUCCUUGUACCUACCUGUCCUAAAGUAUCAUGUAUAACUGGCCUUCCAUCCAAUCCACAUACUAGUGUUGUGCAUUUUGGACCAAAUAUUGUUAACCUCAUUCCUCUGUGCCCACUAGUUUCCACCAUUCUUGGAUUCUCCUCAAUUGAAAAGAUAAAUGAAGAAAUAUGGGUCUUUGAGCAGGGUUCAUUGGUGCACAAACUGCAAAAGAAUAUGGUGUUAGAGAUUAACAGCUUGCCAGUUCACCUCGCUAAAGUCAACAACAUGUUUGCCCUUGCACCGUCUUGUCCCCAAGUUUCAAGGAUCCAAGGAUUUCCAUCAGUACCUCAAAGCAAAGCCAAUAUGAUCAGUUUGCGAGCUUGCUGCCCAAAGGCUUCAUGCGCGAAAGGAUUUGCAUCCAUCACUACAGGCCCAGUGACAAGGUGGGUGAAUGAAACCAAGCCCAUACUAAUCACAACUAACAGGGAAAAGGCAGAACACAUUUUUAAUCUUUCUGGACACAAAUACAGCCAGAACAACAAAGUGAGAAUGCUCACUUCGUGCCCUAAAAAGGCCAUAGUCCAUGGCUUUCCAUCUGCUCACAUAAUUAACAAAGCACCAGAUAUGGUGAGCUUAUACACAUUAGCGCCAUGCGUUUCUCGUGUCCCAGGAUUCCCAUCAGCUAGGAUGCUUAGCUUUGACGUUCGUACACAUAACCAUUCUUCCAUUUGGUUAGUGGAGCAGAAGAAUGAGAAGAAGAGGAUUACCAUUGCCAGUAAUGCAUCAGAAAGUCAUAAUUAUACACCAGAGGAAAUUAUGCAAAUGCUAUCACUAGCUUCAUCAAGUCCACAUCACACUAGAAUUCAUGGCUGUCCCAGUAACUGCAUCUUGGAUUCAACAUGGAGGGAAAGUGGAGAUGAAGAAAAUGAGUCAUACGAAGAAACCCAACGUGUUGCAUAUGAGGAAAGAUUCCGAGGCACUACAAGUCAAAGCAUGGGUUCAUUAUAUGCUAACGGCAUCACAAAAGGAGUAAAAACACAACAGAAACAAAUAGAUACAUCAGAGCCUGAGGGAAUCUCAGGCUGGGAAGUACUGGAGCUAGAAGGAACAUUGACUGGAAAACAGACAGAAUCUUCCUUAUCAGCCAGAGAGGAUGAUACUUCAGGAUUAGUACACGCUAUUGUGGGUGUUCUCCAUAAAGGUUAUGAAACCGUAGCGUCCAUGUUGGGGCCGUCCAGCUCUGCUGUGGAUGAAAGUCCUCUCCAACUGAAAGCUUUGACUGUGAUGCCUUCGCAUGAUGAUGUGUCACAACAGUGUUUUGUCGACACAAGAAGCAUGCAGGAGCUCGUUCCUGUUGAUAACCACUUUGAGGACUGUGGACCAUGUCCUUCUGCUGAGAAACCAUUACGAAAUGAAGUGGUUCCUCCAUCACCAAGUGCGCACAGUGAUGAUGGCUUUUUGAUGUGUGUAACUAUGAAUAAAUGGCCACCAUUGACUGAGGAAAACAUGGCUGGGAUGUCAGUGGAGGAUAGAAUUAAGAACAAUCAAUGUCCUACAAAUGACCACGACUUACCAGUGUCCACUGAAUGUCUGUUAGUCAGCCACCAGACUGCCAGUGAUCUUCCAACACUGUCCAAACUGGAUGUAGGCCCUCAAAAACCAAGUUGUGAUGAAAGCACCCUGCAUCCUUCAUUAAGUCCAUUAUUGGCUGGAAUUCUCAAAGACGCAACCUCAGAUGAUGAGAAUUUUUGUACAGUUAUUUCUCAGAUGAACACAACUGUGGAAGACAUUCAACAAAGAGAGUGUGAACUACAACGGCCAGAGCACAAGCAGAAAAUGGAUGGUCUGUCUGAGGUUGUUCAAACCCAGUCUUGUGCAAUAACAUCCACACCACCUGCCACAUACUUUUCUGUUUCUUCUGGUAGAAGCCUACAUGUAGAUUUGGCUGAAUGUGUCCAUCAACAACAAUUGGAUAUUGAAAGUCUUGACGGUAGUUUUCCUCAGAAAAGUGUCCCAAGCAAGCCUGUGAGAAGAAAAGACCGUGUCACCACUGAAACAGCUAACAAUGAAGCGCUUCCUACUACACCUGGAAACAUCAAACAAGGUUAUUGUGAAUCGGAUGUCCUACAGACAGACACAGAAAAGGAUGAGAUUACUCCAUCUGUCCAGGGUCAAGGGUCUUUCUCUUCCAAAAAAAAGAAACUUCAAUACGUCGCACCAAAACAAGAGCAGCUUUAUGUCAAGCAACAUGAGUCCUUCUCCAUUAUCAAAAUGAUUGGUCCUAAACAAAGUGGCAGGAAAUGUCAACCCAUCCCAAAGCCUCGUGCCAGGAAAUGUUUGAGUGGCUUUUUCUCAGAUGACAUCACAUUAGCAGAACAUGGAAAACCUCAGGCUACAGGAGAUGAAGCCUCUAAAUGGAAAGUGGAAGUGUCAGUGGUGCACUUGACGAAAAACAGACUACAAGAAGUAGACAGUACAUCAGGACCUUCAAUAUUUCCUAUACCAAAACCAAGGAUCAAGAAUCGUCUUAGUGCUUCAUUUUCAGAGGAGACGACACUUUCUUCCUUGUUCGACGCAGCCGCUGACAUCUCUGAAAGACAACUUGACCUAGACCAACACGACCAGUCAAGCUGUCCUGUUCCGCUGCCUCGAGCUAAAAAAUGCACACCGCCUGCAGAAACCUUCUGUCCCUCAUCAGCUUCUGAAGCCUCAACAAAGAAAGCAUGUGUAGUUGGAUCAACAUUGCAUGAUCCAAAAUAUGUGUUUAAAUUUAAAGAGGGGCGUGGAGAAGAAUACUCACAUACUGUCUCUGAUGUGGUCCAUGGCUGCAAGCCAAGCAUGAACAUCACUUCGUUGACCUCCUCUGAGGAUGACAUAUUGCACCAUAAAGACAGUGAGUCAGUUAAGUCCGAGAAAAAAGUGAAGACGGAAGACUUUGUGUCUGUACAUGCUGACAGGGACACUUUGCACUUAAGUGACAGCAAUGCCGAACAAAUAUCGACUCCAGCAAAACUUCAGGAUGGCUUGGCCCCUCCAGAAAAUGUUUCUGGCAGUCCAAGCUUGGUAAAAUCCAGUCAGUCUCUACUGGAGUGGUGCAAGUACAUCACUCAGGGUCACAAAGGGCUAAGGAUCACCAACUUCAGCACCUCGUGGAGGAAUGGUCUGGCUUUUUGUGCCAUUUUGCAUCACUUUCACCCUGACAAGAUUAAUUAUGAACUACUAGACCCAUAUGACAUCAAGCACAACAACAAAAAGGCAUUUGACGGUUUUGCUGAGCUCGGCAUUUCCAGAUUGAUGGAGCCAUCAGACAUGGUCAUGCUGCCAGUGCCUGAUCGUCUCAUUGUCAUGACGUACCUCAGCCAGAUUCACGCUCAUUUCAUGGGCCAGGAGCUUAGCGUGCUUCACAUUGACAAAGACGCCAGUGAGUCCAGCUAUGCACUAACUGCGGAGCGGGAAGGCCAAGAGGACACAGAAGCGACCGUACGCUACUGUGCCCAGAGGCUUCAGGAGGAGGGCAUCACUUUGGAGACCAACGACUCCACCAGCUCAACCGAAGAAGAUCAAAGCAACAUGGAUGUUCCUCCAACGCCCAGAAGCCAAUGCCCACAAGUGUUGUCUGGGGGCUGUGACUCCCCAUCACCCGUCGUACCGCCGAGGACUCACUUCCUGUCUAAGUCUACUUUCUCUCACGUUAAAGAUGCAGAUCUGCUCAGGAAACGCAGGUCUCAGAAGAGGAGCGCGUCUCAGGAGGACGCACACUCUUCAAUGGCUAUUGCUGAGCAAGAAGACAGUGAAGGCACUACAACAGAAAUGAUAGUGUCAAAAGUGGCUGAGGAGGGAAGGCCAGAAGGACAGGACCCCAGCCAGUAUGUUUUAAGUCAAAUGGAAGCCCUGGAAGCAGAACAAAACCACAUAGAUAGCAGAGCUGCAGUUGUGGAGAGGAGUCUCAGACAACUCAUGGACACAAGCAGUGACAAGGUGCAAGAGGAGCGACUUAUUCAAGAAUGGUUCACACUGGUCAACAAGAAGAAUGCAUUGAUAAGACGACAGGAUCAUCUGCAGCUGCUGCUGGAGGAACAUGAUUUGGAAAGAAGGUUUGAGCUGUUAACCAAAGAGCUGCGAGACAUAAUGGCCCUUGAAGAGUGGCAGAAGACAUUGGCCCACAAGCACAGGGAGCAGCUGCUGCUCCAGGAACUGGUGUCACUGGUCAACCAGAGAGACCAGCUGGUCCACAGUAUGGACGCCAAGGAGAGAGGUGCUCUUGAGGAAGACGAGCGCCUGGAACGAGGCCUGGAGCAGCGCAGGAGGAAGUACGCCCAGCAGCAGCAGGACAUGUGUGUGAUCCAGUGAUCUUUACAAAAGCCUUUGGGUGGGUCCAUGUGGCACUUUGCUG